AUGACUACGAAAAUCCUCAAUCAGACCUGGUUCGACCGUCUCCGCACUCAGUACGAGAAAGACUCUCAAGACGACACCAUCGUCUUCCCCCUGACCUACAUCCUGUACUCCAACCACUGGAAGCAAGACCUCUCGUACGAGGUCAAGCACAGGAUCACUCUCACCGACUUUCUCAAGUCUCUCGGCGGCUUCCGCAUCGACCUCGCACGCACCGCAGACGGUCUUCCCUUUUUCGAGGACCAGAACCUCAAAAUCAAGGCCGCGCAGUAUCCCAAGCCAAAGCCAUCCGAGAUUCAUUGGAUCACAGAUCCGGCAUCUGAGCCUGACAGCGAAGAAGAGCAGCAAGCAAAGUCCAAGGCCAAGUAA